AUGCCGGCUGUUGUGACCGUGUCCAUUGGCGGAGGUUCGGGGUUAGGUAUGGGAGAGACAGGUUCGGCAGUAGGCUCGGCAUGGGUCAAUGCAGGUUCGGCAAGGGAACCAGCAGGCUGGGUGAAGGCGAGGGGAAGCACAGUGGCAGCAGCAACUGCUGUCUCAUUGGCUGGGGACGGAUCGAAUCUGUACAGUGACGUAUCAAAUCUGGGAGAGCCAAUUGCGGAACAGGACGUGCUGACUCAGCAACAGCAGGGGAAGAAAAGCGGAGCAGCAGCAGCAGCAGCAGCAGCAGGGGGAAAGGGUUCGGUUGACAAAGGGAGAGAGGUUAGAGACGACGGGGAGAGUGAAGGAGGGAGAGAGAUGGUGGGAUUGGAGGGGGUAUUGGAGCGAAUGAGGAGGGCAGUGCGGAUAGAAAGCCUGGCAGAGGGCGCACACGUGCAUGUGACAGGUGUGCAGUCGCUGAUGGGCAUGGAGGGCACGUGGCAGCUCCUCGUGUCGCCAGCUGGCGGCCGAUUCGUAGAGUCGUUUGUCGGGCGGCACAUCUGGAGCGUGUCGGGUUUCGCCGGCCAAUCAGACACCAGCGAAUCCGAUACCGAAUCUAGCGCUUCGUCAAGUAGCUCAUCCGAUCUCAUAUCAGAUAGCUCGUCUGAUAGCUUAUCGGACGAUGCACUCGAAGAUUCAGUCUGCCGCCCGGAAAUCCAAUCUACUGUGUGGGACGUGGAUACGGCCGGGCGGGUAUCUUCGUUGGAUCUGGACGACCACGAGGUGUAUCUGCUCUCCGUGUGGCUGCGCUCGUCUCUUUGGCUGCUGCCGCCCGUCGCCAGCUCAGCACUUGAAAUAAGAGCAGUGGGCGGCGAAGAGGAGAUAGGGGAAGGUGGAUUGGUCGUUGGCAUUCCGAAUGGGAUGAGAAUGGAGAUUGAUGCACACGUGGCAGCUGAUGAUAGGGUCAUCUUGGCGAUCAACCUGAUUGGCCGAGAGGUCAUCAUGUAUGUGGCGGUGCAUCGCUCUGAUUGGCUGCCAAGGGUAGCAGUGGUGAAGGCGUACGGGGCACUUGAGACAUUCACCUUCACUCAGUGGGCGCCUGUAGCGCCCGACUGCCCGUUCCUGCUGCCCGCUACAGUGCACAGAUCCACGUCAGCAGGCGCGCAGCAAUCUUUUUCAUCUGCCCGAACCUCCUUGUUGCCGCCCGGCCCGGCCCACAUCCUGCUACAUGAGAAGGAAGCUUCCGAUUCUGAAUUCAAUGAAGCUUCUGAGGAAGCUUCGCCCUUCUCAUUCUCAUACGACAUACCGGGGUCUCAAACUGUCCCCAGCCCAUUGAGCUGCUUCCCGGAAGCUUCCUUUGAUGAAAGUGCACCGGCUGAGGUGGAGCUGUUUCAGUCCAACAGCGGGCAUUUGCUGGUGCGGCCACGGAUCAACGGCCAGGAUGUUGGUGCCCAGCCCACCACUCACCACCCCUCUCUGUCACAUCUCUCCCUCUUACCACACACACCCUGCCCUGCCUGCAGCUACUUCAUCCUGGAUUCAGGUGCAAGCUGUUUCACAAUCGAACCAGCUGUAGCAGACGGGCUGGGGCUAUCGAGCUUUGGGUGUGUGCACACAGUGACAGUGCACGGGCCGGCAGAGUGCGCAUUCAGACGCGCGGACUCGGUGCAACUUGGGCCGCUCUCCAUCGCCAAUGCACUGUUUGUUGAUGUGAGUGAGACAACCGUUGCACAUGGGGAAAUGAGUGUUAUGAGACAUGGGUGCGUGCACACAGUGACAGUGCACGGGCCGGCAGAGUGUGCAUUCAGACGGGCAGACUCGGCUCAACUGGGUCCUCUUUCCAUCGACAACGCGCUUUUCGUUUAUGUGGGAGGAGCAGCGCUGGUGCAGGGGGUGAAGCCGGCGGUGGGUAUCUAUGGCUAUGCAGGUGGGAGGAGCAGCGCUGGUGCAGGGGUUGAAGCCGGUGGUGGGGAUCUGCGGCUACGAUGUGUUCAGACACGCCGUUGUGCACGUGCAGGUGAGAAGGCAUGCGAGGGGUGUGAGGGUCAUGCACGGGGGAGACAAGGGAUCCUCCGGCUGUACAAACCCCAAGAAACACCUGAUGCUCCCAAAGCAAGCAGCAAUGCAACAGCAGGCAGCACAGAGAAUGGCAGGAGCGGGGAGGCGGACAGAUCUGAAACAGGGCUGGUGCAAUCCGCUGCUGCCUUUGCGGAUGGAUCCGCAGCAAAUGCUCCUGUGCCUCCUGGUGUUGCCAUGGCACAAAGACGGGGGAGAGGAGGGGCGAGAGGGGGAGGCGGGGCAGGAGGUAGGGCAGGGGGAGGUGUGGCAGUGGUCUCUGCUGCUCUGGUGGGAGGCCACCCUUCCAUGCCUGACCUUGGGGAAAACAUCUACUGGGAGCCGCUGCGCAUGCUGGGAAGUGUGCCUCACAUCGCCAUCUCCUUUCAAGAGCACUGGGACUCCCCUCCCACUUACUGUGUGCCCUCACACCCCCCCCUUGCCUCGCGCACCCCUCUCAGCAUUUACGCAUGCUGGGCAGCGUGCCUCACAUCGCCAUCUCCUUCCAAGAGCACUGGGACUCGCCUCCCCACUCCGGCCUCUUCUCCUCGACACGGGAGCAGCCGGGGUGGACAUAAUAUUCAACACUCUCUUUGUCACCUUGUACCUCCCAACCCCUUCCUGCUCCUCUCUCCCCUCACAACCCCUCUCCCGCCCUCACAUCCCCACCAGCCGCUGCGCAUGCUGGGCAGCGUGCCUCACAUCGCCAUCUCCUUUCAAGAGCACUGGGACUCGCCCCCCCAGUCCGGCCUCUUUCUCCUCGACACGGGAGCAGGAGGGGUGGACAUAAUAUUCAACGCUCUCUUCUGUCAUCUUUUUCCUCCCAACCCCUUCCUGCUCCUCUCUCCCCUCACAACCCCUCUCCCGCCCUCACAUCCCCACCAGCCGCUGCGCAUGCUGGGCAGCGUGCCUCACAUCGCCAUCUCCUUCCAAGAGCACUGGGACUCGCCUCCCCACUCCGGCCUCUUUCUCCUCGACACGGGAGCAGCCGGGGUGGACAUAAUUUUCAACGCGCGGGCGGUGGAGCGCUGUCAGCUGGGGAGGAGGGCCAAAGGGGGGGACAGCUGGCUUAAGGGCAUGGGGGGCGCAGGGGGGGGCGGGGGAGGAGGACAGCAAAUGACGGUGACCCUCAUAGGAGCAGCAGGGGUGGACAUAAUAUUCAACGCGCGGGCAGUGGAGCGCUGUCAGCUGGGGCGGAGGGCCAAAGGGGGGGACAGCUGGCUCAAGGGCAUGGGGGGCGCAGGGGGAAGGGGAGGAGGAGGACAGCAAAUGACGCUAAGUGUCCUGACAGCCCUGACCCCUUCUCUUCCUGCUACUCGCUCCCAUCCCAUGCAGGAGCGGCAGGGCAACCUAGCAGUGGUGCGGCAGGGCAACCUGGCAGUCGUGACAGUGGCAGGGCAGCAGCUCAAGAACGUGUCAGCGCUGUUCUCCUGA